AUGUCUGUCCCCUCCGAUAGCGCUACGACCCCAUCACCAUGUGCCUGCACCAACAUAUCGCUUAUGCAACUUUUCCAUGAGCUGAAACAGAAGUUUCCGGGUAUUCCUGAUCAUGUUGUGUCAAAUACCAUUGAGUUAUACUGUCACGAUAAGAAAGCUUGUGAAACACAUUUGCACAGGGAAGUCAAAACCUCCCUAACGCAUGCUUAUCAUGCGUCCUCAUUAGCUGCAGCACGACAGCUCAAUGAGCUUAAAAUCAAUCCACCACAAAAGUGUCGUAAUCAGCCAAUUGUAAAACAUGAGGCUCUGAAGUCUUUAAAUGUUCAGUCAGUUACUUGCCAAGCCCCACAAAAGGCUUUAAUCAACACUAAUACAAGUCUAGAUGAAGAUACAAAUAUAAAUACAGAUGCUAACCAAAAUGUUGUUGGUUUAAAACAGAAUGCACCCACUUGCUCACCAGUAACCAUAGUCAAUCUUGAUAAUUGCUUUGUCAAAUAUAGCGCAGAGUCACCAAGUGAUUUAGAAUUGACAAAUGACAAUAAAACUAAUGAGGAUGGAGUCGCAAACACAGCACCUGAGUGUGAAAAACAAAUUAUAAGUGACCAACCAGGUAGCACCAAUUUUAAACUGUUAAAAAGUAAUAAAAUAAGAUCAAAUUUAAAUGAAAAAUUAGAGAGUGGAAAAGGUAAGAAAAGUAUUAAGAAAGAAAAAGAGGAACAAAAGCCAGAAACAGUGGAACCAAAACCAGAAAAACCACAAAGACCAAACACAUUGAAUUUCAUAAAACCAGCUCCAGAUAUUGCAUUUAGUGAGAAUAUUAAUCCAGAGAAUUAUCAAACAGUGUCUCCAACACCACCCGUGGAAAAAAUUGAUAAGGAGUCAAAAAGUAGUCCAUACAAGCAAGAAAGGGGUGGGUAUCCCCUGAAUUUGUCAGUCAAUGUCAACUGUCAUAUGGACCUGAGUCGUGGGUAUGAGUCUUGGUUAGAUUAUGAGAGUCCAAGAGCUAUAACUUCAGUAAAUCUUACAGUCUGUACACCAACAUCAAACAUGGCCAGUCCUGUAAGAGAAAAUAAUGAAGAUGGAGGCUUUGAAGGACAUGUCACAGUUACUGUGAGCCCAAGUACGACGAGACCGAAGCGAAGAGCGCCGCCCCCGCCACAAACAUCACACAUUGAUUCUCCCAGACCGACACGAGCAGCACCGGAACCACCAAAUACAGACCGUUCAUUAAUAGAGCGUCAAAAGGAGCGCUUAUCCCGUCUCGCGGCUGCCUUAGCCCAAGAGAAAGGUCGUCUCGCCCAACUGAACCGUGAGACUCAGAUCCUGGCGGCGCCCACUCCAUCAGCUUUGACUUCAGCAAGGCUCAGAGAUCAUGUGGAGCGAUUGCGAGAUGAAUGUGAUAUGCUGGCGAAACGACUUGAGUUGGGGUCAAGGGCACCCCGAGUAUUGCCAGUACCAGAGAUAGAUGACGCCGGCAACUUCUACAGCAACAUCUACACGGGUCAAAGACCCUCAGCCUCGUGGCAGUGCCACAUGUGCACCUUCAGGAACCACCCGCUGCUCGACAAGUGCGAAGAGUGCGAUAUGCCGAGGAUAUUCGUAGUUCGCUCACCGGAUGGGAUCACUGUACGUUUGAUGCCGGGACGUCGGAAAAUAGUGCGGUCGUGGGUUUUAUGA